AUGCUAUCAUUAAUUUAAGGAGACAUAUUUCAAUAAUAAGUUGAUGCAAUUGUAUUACCAUCUGAUAUAGCAUUAUUAAAAGCCACUGGUUUAUAAUAAUUACAUUAUUAAUUAUAACAACAAUGCAAUGAAUUUAAAACAAACUAAACAAUCUUAAGUUAAAUUUAAUAGACAUCUGUCAUUACAUUAUCUAUAAAUCAUAAUUAAUUUAAAUACAUCAUUCAUUGUAUAGUACCAAAAUAAGAUAUAAAUACUAAAGAGUUAUCAAUGUCACUUUUAUUAGAGAUAUUAUUUCAAAAUAUGUAAUAUUAAUAAGUCUAAUAGAAAUUAGUUUUUAUGAAAUCUCUUUUCAAAAAAUAAAAUCUAUUUUAAUACCAGUACUUGGCUGUGAUAAUGCAGAUUUUUCUAUUAUAGAAUUUUUAAAUACUUUUAAAUUAAUUUAUGAAGAUUAAAGAUAGAAUUUUAUAGAUGUUAAAUUUAUAUUGAUUUCCUAAACUUAAUAAGAAUAUGAACUUAUCAAAAAAUAUUUUCAAUCUAAAAAUCCAAACACUUUAACUAUUAAUGAUAUUUAUUAAACAAUUCCUUAAGGAAAUUCAACAUCUAUAACUGAAAAAUUUAAAUAAUAUAUUCAAUAGAAUAUAAAAAAUAAUGAAAUUUAGAAAUCAAACUUCUCAGAUGAAAGUGAAAUUGCAUAAUAUAGAAAGGAAUAUAAUGCAAAUCUCUCUAAAAAAUAAUAAUAGAAUUAUUAAAAUUAAGGAAAUUCUUUAAACUAAAAUAUAAAUUAAAACAACAUCCAUAAUUAAAGUGAAAACUUAAAAUAAUAAUAAAUUGAUAGACUCUAAUAAUCAAAUUAAUCAAUUAUAAUCUCAUCUACUCCUCUCCUUUAAUCAAAUACUAUGUUUCUUACUCUAUUUAUUUAGAUAGAUAAUAUUAUAUUAGAAUAGAAGGAUUUAAUCAAAUUUAUGCUUUAAGUAUGUUAUGAUCUCUAUAAACUUCAUUAAUAAUUAUUUUUAAAUAUAGAAAAUGUUGAAUAAUCUAAUUAAUUGUUUAAUUACAAACUUUAUUAUAAUUAGUCUCCAAAUCGUAAUGAACUAUAACCUUAUUGUCCACCUGAAAUGUCAGAAAAUUAAUAUAUAUCUGAAACUCAUGAUUCAUAUUCAAUUGGUAAAUUUUUCAAAAUGGUUCUAGAAAUUAACUAUAAAGCAGAUUAAGAAAACUGUAAUUAAAUAAAUUAUAAUUAUAGUAUAAGAAAUUAAUUAAAUUUAAUAAUUAUUAGAUAAACUAAUUUCUCAAGCAAACCAAAGACCAUAAAUAGAUGAUAUAUUUAAUUACUUAUUAUCACUUUAAUUAGAUGAAUCAUUCAUUGAAAAUUGGACUUAAGUUUAAAAGAAUAUAAAUUAUUUUUAUAGAAAACGUGGUAAUUUGCAGAAGAUUUAAGACAUUAAAAAAUAAAUGUUAAUGAAAAUCUCUCCUGUACAUCUUAAUAAUUAUAAAAAAGAGGAUUAGAAUUAAGAUCUUAAUCAAUUACUAAAUCAUUAAGACUCUAAUUUAUCAUUAUUCACUCAUAUUCAAUAAAUUAAAUUCAAAUAAGAUUGUGAAUAGGCAUAAAGGGAAUAAAAUUAUAAAUUUUGUUAAAUUGAUUGUGUAGUUAUUCCUGUUGAUAAAUAUUAAUUUAAAUAAAGCUUACCUACUUUUAUAAAAUUAGAUUCAAAAUUAGAUAAGGUACUUGAUAAAAUUGUAAAUUUGGCUUAAAAAGAUAAAGAACAUUAUUUGUAAUCAAUAAGAUCAUAUGUACCAAUUUUUGGUUGUAAUUCUAUUCUAUUAGUAUUUUGUCCAAAUCAAAAUUUGACUGUUGAAAGAUAGAUUUAAUUAACCAAUUGCUUUAGUGAUAUGUAAGUUUUAUUUUAUAUUUAUUAAGAUUAUUGUAUACUUUAAAAUGUUAGAAAAUUAAUUCAUUUUGCCUAUGUUUGGAUGAAAUUUCUAAAAAAUUGAUAGUAAAUCAAAAUAAUUUAUCAAUGAAUAUAUUAAUUAAAGCAUUUGAAGAAACUUGUAACAAGAGUCCUGAUCCUAUUAUUUGGAAUGAAAUAUAAUUUAAUAAUUAAAAGUGGAUUGUUGUUAAAAAAAGUAAUUAAAAUAAUUAAUACUUAGAUCCUUUGAAAUUUACAUUACUUGAUUAAUCAAUCAUUAUUCAUAAUUAAGAUAUUACUUAAAUCAAAGGAAUUCAAGCUAUUGUAAAUGUAACUGACCCUAAUCUUUCCAAUCAAGGGGGAAUUUGUAAAGCUAUCUUUCAAGCUGCAGGUGAAAAUUUAUUAGUUUAAGAAAUUAAGAUGAUGUUUUAAAAACUUGGAAAAAAAUAACUUGAUACUUCUGAAGUAGUUGUUACUAAAAGUUACAAUCUAGGAUUAGAAAAUGGACCAAAAUAUAUAUUUCAUACUGUUGGUCCUAAAUAUAAUUCCUAAGACCCUUAAAAGUCAAUAGAAUAAUUAAGUAAAUGCAUUUUUAAUAUGUAUACUUUUAUAAUUUAUAUAUAUUCAUAGAUUACAAAAAUGUCAGGAAUAUAAAAUAUCAUCAAUAGCAAUACCACCUAUUUCAGCAAGAAAUUGUGAUUUUCCAAAAUAUUAAUGUGCUUAAAUAUUUUAUUCAGCAUUUCUAAAAUUUAAAUUUAAAAAUCCAAUGGCCAUACAUAUAGUUGAUGUGAUAGACAAUAUAGUUGAAAUAUUUUAAAUUAUUUUUAAAGGUGAAAAAUUAAGAUAAACUAUUCAUUCCAAAAUAGAUUUUACUCCCCCAACAGAUUGUUUAGUUUGUCCAAUAGAUAUUAAUAAUUAUAAUUCUUAAGCUCUAAAAAGAAUUAUUGAGUUAGCUGGACCUUCCUUUUAAAAUGAAUUAGAAUAUCAAAUAAAAAAUUACUAAAAAAAAGAUGAUUAAAAACAAUGUUAAAGCAUUAUAUUACAAGGUCAUAAAAUGAAAUUUAAUAACAUUUAUCAAAUUUUAAUGAUAUCUAAACCAUUAAAUAUCAUUGAUAAAUAAACACUACUAUAUGAAGUAUUUUUUUAAAUGUAUUUAUUUAUUGCUUAAAAUAGAUUGGUUGAGACUUUCCUAAAGAAAAAAUUCACUUCAAUUACAAUAUUAUUUUAUAGUAUUCUUCAAUAAUUUUUAAAUGAUUAAGAUGAUUUAAUAAGAAAUGGAGGAGAACAAGCUAUCAAUAUAUUCCAAAAAGUAAUUCAGAAUUUCUAGGAAAAAUAUGAGUAAGAAUGUGGAAAAAUCACAAUAUUAUCAAAUGUAGCAUAAUUCUGCACUGAUUGUGAAUUAAUUUUUAAAUGA